CUCCAUUCACGCCUGACCUUUAUUUUCAAUUAAAUACGCCGCAACGUCGACUCAGAUCAUCAUAAUCUACGCCGUUUCGAAAAGCGCCAUCACGCAUCCGCGAGAAAACGUCCCCUGAUAGCCCUGCUGGCACAACCUCGAGAUCUCGGCGCGUCGGAUGGGAGAACCGGCAACCAUUGUGACAGGCAACGUUGCCUGCUGAAUGCAUUGUUAACGUAAAUCCAUCCAUCCAAUCGCAUCAUAUAAUUUCGGCAAACUAUAGCACUGCAGCCUUCGGUAUGGCCCAGUCUCAGUCGCAGGUUCCGCCGCAGGCGUUUUCGCCGCCACAGCCCUCGCCAUCACCCGUCGGCUCGCAACCGGGCUUCGCUUUACCUACGAACAAGCGACCUCGAACCGAAGGAACGCCUUCUCAGCCUGGCUCACCGUAUCCCAUCUCCCCCUACGUUGCAAGCCCAACUGGUGCGCGAACGCCAUCUCUCCCGACCGGCUCUCCUGUUUCGCAAACGCCCCCAGUUGCUGGCGGAUAUAGCACUCCUUACACAAAUGGCAAUACGACACCAACAUUAAACUUACCAGAUAGCAGAGCUUCCACAACCUCUCCUCUACAUACUCCACAAUCUGCGAACGCCACAAUGCCUCAGUACACCAACGCAGGCAUGGUUCCUAUGGGCCAAGAUGGCUCAAUGUCACAGAAUCAGAACAUCAUGGGUCCCCCACAACGGCCAGCAGAUAGACAAAACAAGGAUGCCGAAUACGAUGUUAACGACUCGUUGGCUGGAACAGGCAUUGAUAUCCGCGCCGAAGAACAAUAUAUGUCGGAGCUGUACGCGACCACACUUACAAAUUACGGUGAUGCCCGUAGCGGAUUUGCAGUUGGACGGCCGGGACCAGCGUCGUCUUUCUACGGAGCUGGGCCGGCGAAUCAACCUGCGAUUGAAACACAUGGUAACUCGCAGGAUGAGAUUGCCAACCAAGUGGCCGAGCGCGCAUGGCGAGAGGCUUCCAUGAGAUUGGCGACUCAAAGAACACAAGAGAUUUCUGACCCAUUCUUGCAAGUCUCAGUGGUCCAUUAUCGCGCGGAUAAGAUUGCAAAGGAGAACCAGCUUGAUCUCAAUCUGGAAGUUCGCAAUGGUGUUGCAUCUAUGGGUAAAAUGCGAGGACCGGAGUACUUUGUUGCACCUUCAGUCAGCGUUCAGAUGAAAGAAGAGGCCGAUGGCGCUAUGACCCUUACGUCGGGUUCCUGGAUUCCACAAGAGGCCUACUUAGUCGAUCAAUUAGCGUUGCUCUCUAUUGCGACUAAGUUCCGUCUGAGGGAGCUUAUUGAGGAUGCCAAUCUAAUAGCGACAACAAGACAGAAGACUUCACAUGGUGAUAUUCCAGAGGAAUGGGCACCUGCAGCCGGUCCUAUGAAUGCUGAUCCGCUGCUACCACUGGAUUCCGAUGGCCCUCGAAAUGAGGAUGGAUCAUUAAAGAGAGGGGCAGACGGGAUAGACGGACCUGCUGGACCUGCUCGUCCGGCAAAGCUACCUAAGGUGUCAUGCUACAUGACAACAACGAUGCGUGAUCUUGCCAAACAAGAGCGGGAAUGGGAGGAAGCACGCCUGCGGCGACGUCAAAACCGCAAGGGCACGAUUGAUGGUGCUAUGACACCUGCAAAACCGCUUACCACAGCUCCAUCAACACCAGGAUCUGUUGCCCCGGAGGGCGAGAAGCCUCUGACUAAGAGGGAAAUGAACAAGCGAAUAGCUGCAAAGGCUGCUGAGGUUACCAGCCACAACAAUCAGAAUAUUACCAGUGGUAUGUUCGCGGGCCUGGGACGCAGCAGUCUCUUUGGCAAGAAGAACAAGUCCAAGACAUAUGACUGGAUGAACGCCGGUCGUGGUAGCGGAACGAGCACCCCUAACAAGGCACCCGGUGGUGAAAGAGCGAAUGGCAUGGGUGAUUCGUCAUUGCCAACAACACCAGCUCUCACACGAGAAGGUCGCAAUCGCUUAGGAGGAUGGCGAGAAGACAAGAACCGUGGUAAAGAUAUCCAGCUUCGUGAUUGGGUUAAAGUACUUGAGAACGAUGGGCGAGAGGGUAAAGCGUUGCAGCAGACGUACAUGGCUUUGGAAGAGUCGAAUCCGAAGUAGGCGUGGAAGCUGCCUGCAGUUUCUUGUAUUUUUGUACACACAUUUUCAUCAUUGGUUGAUUUUCCAAGGCGGGCGUUUAUGUCGAAAAAGACAUCCGGGACAAAGAAUAGUUCAUUGUUUCCCUUCAUUCCAGGCUAAAGGUACACGCGGAUUGCGUCCGCUGUGCUCUUUGAAUCACUAUAGAGGUUGCGUGCGAUUCAGGCAGAUAGUUGCGGAAUAGAAGAUGCGGAAUACAUUAAUUCGAUUC